GCCGAACUUGCUGAGAAGGUAACGUAAAAUUUACAGUAAUUAUAUCCAAAAAUGGGCAAGAAAAGUAAAAAACAAAAGGAUGCUGCUGCUGCAGCAGCUGGGAAGCGAGCAAGUACUCCUGAACAUAAAGAGUUGUCAAAGGCUUCUAAGAAAGAAGUGAUGGAAUUAGCAACAAAAAUGCUGGAAUUUUGUUCAAAACCUAUUCCUCCUGGUCCAAAGGAGAUAGAAGACUUUCCGGAGAUUUACAGCAUGGUGGAGAAAAUCCGUGGCAUUCAGACAGAUGUAAUACUCACUCAACCAGAGAGGGAAGCAUGCAUUCCUGCCUUUAUUGAAUGGUUAAAUAACAACAAAGUAGACACAUCUGCCAUAGAAAUAGAGAACUUCCAACAUGUGGGAUAUGGCAUCAAAGUCACCAAAGAUCUCAAAGAAAUGGACCCUUUUGUAAUUGUUCCACGGAAGCUAAUGCUGACAACCAAUACGGCUAGAGCAUCAGGAUUGGAUGCCUUGAUUGCUGAAGACAAGAUCCUACAGGCCAUGCCAAGCAUUGUGUUGGCACUCCACCUUUUGUGCGAGAGAAGAAAUACUGAGUCCUUUUGGAAACCCUAUCUUGAUAUGCUUCCUAGUCAAUAUACAACACCUUUAUACUUCUCACCAGAGGAGCUGGCUUUGCUGAAGGGAUCCCCAGCCUACAAGGAUUGUGUUAAUCAGUACAGAAACAUCGCUCGUCAGUACGCUUACUUCUACAGGGUAUUACAGAAUCAUCCUGCUGCUGCCAAACUACCCAUAAAAGACUGUUUUACUUAUGAUGAUUACAGAUGGGCUGUAUCUACAGUAAUGACAAGACAGAAUCAGGUGCCCACGCCCGAUGGUGAUAGAUUGACCUUUGCCCUCAUACCACUGUGGGACAUGUGUAAUCACUGUAAUGGAACGAUAACUACAGAUUACAAUGUGGAGGACGACUGCUGUGAAUGUUUUGCUCUCAGAGACUUCACAAAAGGAGAACAGAUAAUGAUAUUCUAUGGUGCCAGAUCUAAUGCAGAGCUACUUAUACAUAGUGGAUUUGUAUACCCAGACAAUGAGUGGGACAGAAUAGCAGUUAAACUGGGUAUCAGUAAAGGAGAUCCCCUAUUUGAACAGAAGUCUGACUUGCUGAUGAAGCUGGGACUGGAAGUUUCUCGGUCAUUCUUCAUACAUCGAGGGAGAUUUCCGCUUGAUCCACAAAUCCUUGCCUUCCUCAGAGUCUUCUGUAUGUCAGAUGAAAAUCUGAAGGAGUUUCAGUCUUCACCCCUUACGGAAGAAAAGAUGGAAAGUCUUGGAGAUGUUUCUACACCAGUAUCUAUAGAAAAUGAUGAGAAGGUGUGGUCAUUUCUAGAAACUCGUUCGGCUUUGUUACAGAAAGCUUACGACACUACUGCAGAGGAAGAUGAGGAGCUUCUUAAAUCUGUUGAUUUCAAUGAAAACCAAAAACUGCUGAUUUGUCUACGUAUGUGUGAAAAAAGAAUCCUGUUAUCAACACAAACAUUUGCCAAAACAAUGAAAGAAAAAUUGACUAUAAAACAGAAUGAUUGAUUGUUCAUAACUACGUCACCCACUACAUACAAAAAGAAGUUUGGAAGUCAUUAUGAAUCCUCAGUGCAUCAUCUGAAACAGGAUAGUAUAUCUGAUAGAAUGUUGAAAUACAUGUGCCAACAAUUUCUUUAGUUAUACAUCAUUAGGUAAAGGGUACACCUGCAUCAUUUAUAAUGUAAUUAUAUAUAUAUAAUUGCAUAGUAGAGUUCCUUUUUGAGGAUUUAAAAUCUACAUUAACAGGAGCCUUUCUGCUUAUAUACUUCCCCUGUCAAGACUUCGACAGCAACCUUGAUGAAGCAGUGUGGUCUGGUUUUCUAGUAACUUUUCAUUUUGAAGUAUGAAAUAUGAACAGGAAUGACUGUGUUAAAUACAUUAUCAGUUCUUAUUUACUCGACACUCAUAUUAUGUAAGCUUCAUGGUACCCUUUUAAUUUAUUAAUUGCUCUACUGACAAAUAAUUGCCCGAACCUAAUUUUAAACUCUUAAAGCUCUUUCAAACUUCCAGUAAUUUAAUUGAUAUAUCAUUGUAAAUCAUACUGUCAAACAUAAUCUGUGUAAAUUAAAUAAUGUAUUAAUGAGAGAUGUAUAUAAUUUAUGUUUCCAUGUUAAAAAGAAAUUACCUUUAAUACCAAUGUAGGCCUGUUAUCAAAUUAAUUAUUUAAUAUCAGUUUACAUGAAUUUGUUUCCUGGUCUCUAAGAUAAUGUACUGUUUACUUGUAAACAAUGCAUUCCUUUCAUUUGCACCGUGGCGAUUGUGUACGAGAUGAAAUUAAGGCCUGCAUCAGUUUGAUGUAAGGUAUACAACAAAGAUCAAAAGAUGAAAACAUUAAAACAAAAAACAUAAUCCUCUAUAAUAUUAUGUAAAUAGUGAAAAAUCUUUGUGUAUACAAAGUUAAUGUUCUAGGGGGAAAACCCAGCAGAAUUCUAGACUGGAUUUUCUAGUAUCUUUCUAAAUUUUCUAUUUUAAAUUGAAAUUGGCAAUAGUUUCUUCAAGCUUGUCAGAAUUUCAACUUCUAGAUGGGUGGAAAUAUAUGGCUAUUAGAUCCUGUUUUAGUGACCUAAACUUUCAGUUCACUUGAUGUAAAAUCACAAACCCCGAAGUGUGUUCAUCCAGCUACAGUGGUUAGUGUUACCAUGUGUAAUUGUUAAUGAAUGUAAAAUUAUUGAUACAAGGGAGUUUUUAUGGAUUGUUUUAGAGGUGAAGUGUGAUGUAUGGAAAGAUUGAAUGUUUCAUAAAUUAAUUUGUUCCUGUAUACAGCAUACAUUGUUUAUACAAUUUGUUUGAAUUGUUACAUUAGAUAUCAUGUAUACUUCAGUAUACAUGUAUAUAUGGUAUCGCUCUGCCCUCUUGUUUUUGAAAUAUAAAAUUAAAUUUAAGCUGCUCAUAAAUCAUGCUUCUUUAUAUCAAGUUAGUGUGCAAGAUCUGGCAUAUCAUAUUUUAUUGAGAAUGUAUUGAAAUUCAGUGCAUUAAAUUGGCUGCUUUAUGAAUAUUUGAUACAGAGAUAUUCAUAACUAUUCAAUUUUCAUUUGUAUGAAGAGUUGUCUUUAAUAUUUUAGGGAAAUCAUGAAAACUGAACUGAAUUUUGAAUCUGAAGAAUAAAAAAAAUAAUCAAUUUAAA